UAGUUGUUUCGACUGUAUCCCGCUUUUUAUUGAUUAAACUCCUUGUGUCUAUUUCACAUUGUUUCACCUUAAGUGUAACUCUAAACUUACCUUGAAGUUCAGUUCUCUCUCUCAGUUGUUUUAAUUUACAUUUAUAACAUUGUUUCUUUAUUGCCGGCGUCUCCUUUGUGUUGACCGCGCUUAAAUCCAUCCUUUGUUUUUCCACCUGUAUUAUAUUAAUAUUGUUUGGUCUAUACUUGGAAAAUGGUUCAAGUAGAUUCUUGCGUGAACCCUCCACCUAUUAUGUGGGCGCAGCGCCACGGUAUAAUUUUUCUGACUGUGUGUCUGGAGGAUUGUAAAUCCCCAGAAAUACGUAUAGAACCAAAUCAGGUAUAUUUUAAAGGUACGGGUGGUACAGACAAGAAAGAACAUGAAGUGACCAUAGAAUUAUAUAAAGAAGUAGAUCCCGAGAAAUCCAUCAAAUCAGUCAGAGAUAGAAUUAUAGAAAUUGUCCUAAAGAAGAAAGAAGACACUUCGGGUUAUUGGCCUCAGUUGACUAAAGAAAAGAAAAAGUUCCAUUGGCUCAAAGUAGAUUUUAACAGGUGGCAAGAUGAAGAAGACAGUGAUGAUGAGGUUGGAGGAGGUGGAGACCUUGAAGAAAUGAUGCGAUCAAUGGGAGGUCUCGGUUGUGGGGACUCAAAACAUUCAUUUGAUGAUCUGGAUCCUUUGGGAGAUUCAGACGAUGAAGAUAUUCCAGAACUAGAGUAAAUAUUUGUCACCAGAGAGCGUGCCACAAAAAACAUCCCUACCCAAAACCACAUUCAUUCGUUUUCUAUCGAGCUUUGUACAUUUUUAGCUAUUAUUAUGUAAUUAUUAUUAAUAUAAUUCUCUUUUUGUCUCUUGUUGUUUAAUGACAUGCUAUAGUGUCUUAAGUCAUAUUAAACAACAUUAAAAUAAAAGAGCAAAUUUUUGUUCUAAGUUUCUUUUUUAUUUUUUUGUUAUUCAUUUGCAUAGUGUUAACCUUUUAGCAUUGGUUGAUUGUGUAUUCUUAAAUACCCUGUGUGAAUAGGAUAAUCAUAAAAUGAAAAUGAAAGAAAGCAUGCAUGUUUAUCGAAAAGGCUGAAGUUAACGUGUAAUCCGAACAUGCGUUUGUCUUAAGUGAUGUAUGAAAUAUACGAAUGAAUAAAGUUCAGAUCUUGUUUAUAUAUCAAAUUGAAUUCUAUCAUUUCCUUCAGUAUUAUAGUAUUUUUUGCUGUUCCACGGAAAGGUGUUUUUAUAAGCAUCAAAAGCUAAGUUUUAAAUAAAGACUGGGCUG